AUGGCACAAUCCCAGGACAAAGCUCUGAGGAUCCUGCUUGUCGGGAAGACUGGAAGUGGGAAAAGUGCCACAGGAAACACCAUCUUUGGGGGAAAAGUGUUUGACUUUAGGAUUUCUGCCGAAGCUGUUACCAAAACUUGUCAGAAAGCAUCCCGGAAAUGGAAGGGGAGAGACCUUCUCGGUGUUGACACCCCAGGGCUCUUCGACAACGAAGAGAGCCUGAGCACCUUGUGCAAGGAAAUCAGACGCUGUGUCCUCGCCUCCUGCCCCGGGCCUCACGCCAGCGUCUUGGUCGUGCAGCUGGGCCGCUACACGAAGGAAGAGCAGAAAACCGCGGCGUUGAUCAAGGCUGUGUUUGGGGAAGCUGCCAUGAAGCACAUGAUCACCUUGUUCACUCGCGAAGAUGAACUGGAGGACCACAGCUUAAGCGACUUUGUGCGGGGUGCAGAUGUAAAGCUGCGAAGCAUCCUCAAGGAGUGUGGAGACCGCUGCUGUACCUUCAGUAACAGGAGUACAGAGCAGGCUGAGAAGGAAGCUCAGGUGCGGGAGCUGGUGGAGCUGAUAGAGGAGAUGGUGCAGAACAACCAGGGGGCUCACUUUUCCGACGCCAUAUACAAGGACACAGAGGAAGAGCUGAGAAAGCGGAAGGAAGUCUUGAAGAAAAUCUACGCUGAUCAGUUAGAAAUAGAAAUCCAAAAAGUGGGAGAGGAGUGUGCUCAGGCAUGCAAGAAGAGUAUGCAGGAAAAAGAGAGAAAAAUUAAAUUACUAAAGAUGGAAUACGAAGAAAAACUAAGAAAUGUUAGGGAGGAGGCCCCAAACAAUAUUUUUAGCCAUAAACAUGAUGGAGAUAUGAAUUUGCUUUUAAAAGUAUUUCAUUUGUUCAAGAAGUAA